ACAAGAGAAGUAGUGUCGUUUCGCGUCUUCUCUUCGCGUUGACGGUAGCGCACGCUACACUCACCUACUAUAUAUCUUUCUUUUUUUUUCUCGUACGUGUUCUUCGGUACGUUGUCCCAUCGUACUAUAUAUAUAUGUACAUGCAUACAUAUAUAUAUAUAUAUAAAUGUAAUGUUAUCACACAUAUUUAUACACAGAACGAAAGCAUGCACAUGUAUAAAUUGUGCCGUGUCGAGAACGAUUUUUAUUCAGAGAAGAUUUAAUAUUGAAAAUAACAUCGAAGAAAAUUAAAAUUGAAGAAGGACGAACGAGAAAUCAUUUUUAUUUACAAUUUAUACAGGAGAAAGUGACUUAUUUUGGAGACACGUGAUACAUUUUCGAGGACAAAUCACGUUCGUUUGUCAACAUGAUGCUUCCGUGAUCGGAAACCGUGUGGUGAAUUCAAUGCCGGUUUUCUUGGAUUUCGUUGGGUUAGGCUGAGGACUGAGGACGUAUGUAUGUUUAUCACUGGCAAAGUCAAAAUGUCAAAGUUUCGGGUGUGGACGAUAUGGUAUUGCUUCCUAAGAUCACCGCAGAUGCUAUUAUCGAGAAUCUCAAGAAAAGAUAUAUGGAUGAUUAUAUAUUCACAUGCAUCGGUCCUGUCCUGGUAUCGAUCAACCCAUUUAAACAAAUGCCAUAUUUUGGUGAAAAAGAAGUGGAAAUUUACCAAGGAGCAGCACCUUACGAAAAUCCUCCACAUAUUUACGGAUUGGCAGACGAAAUGUAUAGAAAUAUGUUGAUCGACAAUGAGAGCCAAUGUGUUAUUAUAAGUGGCGAAUCUGGAGCUGGUAAAACCGUAGCAGCUAAGUACAUAAUGUCAUAUAUAGCCAGGGUCAGUGGAGGUGGUGAAAGGGUACAAAAAGUGAAGGAUGUGAUUUUGGAGUCGAAUCCUCUUUUAGAAGCUUUUGGCAAUGCCAAGACAAUGCGGAAUAAUAAUAGCAGUAGAUUUGGCAAAUACGUGGAGAUACAAUUCGAUGGAGGUGGACAACCUAAUGGUGGAAAAAUAUCAAAUUUUUUGCUAGAGAAAUCGAGAGUUACUUGUCAUAAUCAUGGAGAAAGAAACUUUCAUAUAUUUUAUCAGUUGGCAACCGGUGCCGACUCUGAAAUGAAAUCUGAAUUGGGAUUGACUGAUCUUGAUUAUUAUCAAUAUUUGAGUUAUGGUGGUAAUCAUAAAGUAGAAGGUACCAACGAUGCUCGUGAUUUUCAAGAAACGUUAAAAGCUUUGCGAGUUAUGGGAAUACAAGACAGUGAAGUAUUUGAUAUCUUCAAACUGGUAGCAGGGAUACUUCAUGUUGGAAAUAUUCAAUUCGUUGAGAAAGGAAAUUAUUCGCAAGUCGCUGAUAAGCAGUUUCUUGAUUUUCCUGCUUACCUUUUUGGAGUUUCUGGGGAACAGCUGUCGCACAAGCUGACGUCGCGUGAAUUCGAAUCAAAAUGGGGAAGUCAGUCUGAAAGCGUCGACGUGACUUUGAACGUCGAACAAGCUCUUUAUGCACGUGAUGCAUUGGCCAAGGACGUUUAUGCGAGACUUUUCGAUCAUUUGGUCAAGAGAGUUAAUUCAGCGAUGGAAACCAAUGCGGAUAGCUAUGAAAUUGGGAUAUUGGAUAUUUAUGGUUUCGAAAUUUUUGAGAAAAAUGGUUUCGAACAAUUCUGCAUCAACUUUGUGAACGAGAAAUUGCAACAGAUCUUCAUAGAACUCACGUUAAAGGCUGAACAGGAAGACUACGUGGCGGAAAAUAUACAUUGGACACCCAUAGAAUAUUUCAACAAUGCGAUAGUAGUUGAAUUAUUGGAAGGCAAACGACCACCGGGAUUAUUUCUGGUUCUCGAUGACAUUUGCGCAACGCUUCACGGUAGCAGCAGUGGUGCUGAUUCUGGUUUACAAAAGAAACUGACGGUUGCGGCGAACCAGCACGCACACUUUCAAAACACCGCCGAGGGUUUCGCCAUUCUUCACUAUGCCGGUGUCGUAUCCUACUCAGUCGAUGGAUUCUGCGAUAAAAACCGCGACGUGCUUUUCCUAGACUUGAUAGAACUAAUGCAGACGAGUACAAACCCUUUGGUCUGUACCAUUUAUCCACCUGAAAAAAAUAGUUACAAAACGAAGACUUUACAAAAAUCUCGACCAACAACAGCUGGAAAUAAAAUAAGAACUCAAGCUAGUCGUUUGGUUGGACAAUUGACGAGGUGUACACCACAUUACAUUCGAUGUAUAAAACCAAACGAAACGAAAAAACCCAGGGAUUGGGAUCAGGUCAGAGUCAAACAUCAGGUCGAGUAUCUGGGUCUAAAAGAGAACAUCAGAGUACGUAGAGCUGGAUUUGCCUAUCGAAGGCCCUUCGCCAAGUUUCUCCACAGAUAUGCGAUUCUUACGAAAGAAACGUGGCCACAUUGGCCAGGAGACGAGAAGCGAGGUGUUGAAUACAUACUUGGAAGUAUUAACAUAGAUAGAUCGCAGUAUCAACUUGGAAGAUCCAAGUUAUUCAUCAAGGCACCCGAAACACUUUUCAUGUUGGAAGAAGCAAGGGAUCGAAAGUACAAUUUGUAUGCACGAAUCAUUCAGAAAGCAUUUAAGAAAUAUUUUACACGAAAGAGACAAGCUCAACAAAAACAGGAAGCGGCUGAUUUAUUGUUCGGUCACAAGGAACGAAGACGGGCAAGUUUGAAUAGAAACUUUGUGGGUGAUUAUAUAGGAAUGGAGGCUAAACCAUUGACGAUAAAUUUGAUUGGUAGAAGAGAGAAGGUCUUAUUUGCAGAAAUUGUUAAGAAAUAUGACAGAAGGUUUAAGGUAUGCAGAAGAGAUCUCGUGCUGACAGGUAAGUUUCUAUAUUUGAUCGGUCGAGAAGAAAUCAAGAAGGGACCAGAGAAAGGUAGAACCAUGGAAAUAAUUAAAAGGAAAUUAUCCUUCGAUCAAAUCAGCCAUGUGUCCUUGAGUACGCUUCAAGACGACUUCGUUGUUAUACACACUAAAGAAGAUUAUGCUAGUCUAUUGGAAUUAGUCUUCAAGACGGAAUUCUUAUCCUUAUUUAAUAAGAAAUAUAUGGAGGAAGUUGGCCAUGCUUUGAUAAUAAGAUUCAAUAACAAUAUAGAAUACAAGGUCAAAAAAGAAGGUUGGGGUGGUGGAGGGACAAGACAAUUAAAGUUCACACAAAUUGAUUACGGCGAAAAGGAAAUACUAAAAUCAAGUGGAAAAAUAUUGAACGUUAGUAUUGGACCAGGUUUGCCGAGUACUACGAAACCAAAUCCAAAUCGAUCAACAACAAUGAAUUUUUAUACGUACAAGGACAACGCUCAAAGUAAUCAAACUUCACGUGCAAUUGGAAAACCGUUCAAUCCAACGAAUCACGUAAGGUCAAUCGAUAAUACGGAUCAAAGAGAAAACGAUCAGACUUCUUCGAUUAGGCCCAACGUAUCAGCCGGAAGGCCUGCUCUACGGCCUGUCGCAGCUACGAGAACCGUUAAUUCUAACACAGUGAAUCCCGUUUCUAAUGGUAGACCAAGCAUACCACCUAAUCGGCCAAAUUUCAGGCCAGUACAAUUUCAGAAUAGUACCAAAGAUACCACUACUACUAAGAGUACAAAUAAGCAGCCUAACAAACUGCAGAGUUCAAUCACGAUGAUGGGAAUGUUUACAAAUCCUGGUGGUGGUCCACGUGGUUUAUUAAAAUUUCCACCACCACCAACGGAGCCACCACCUAUGCAAGAUAACACCAUAACGUCAUCUCAAUUCAAACUAAUUCCUUUAAAUCGUAAAGAACAUAACAAUAAUAAUAACGAUCAAAACUUUUUAAAUAGUAGAAUAAAACGAAUGGAAGGAGUUGCUGCGAAAGAAAAGAGUGUACCACGUACAUUGGUUAACCCUAAUCAAACACCUCCGCAAAAACCGCCUCCACCAAAUUUACCUAAAGUCAAGGCAAUUUAUGAUUACAGCCCACAAGAUCUUGAUGAACUUGCACUUAAGGAAGGUGACAUCAUCGAAGUACUCAAAGAACACGAGGGUGGAUGGUGGCAUGGAAGACUGAAAGGAAAAACUGGCCUUUUUCCAUCGAAUUAUGUAGUAAAAAUAUAGAAUAUUAGCUGAAUAAAAUUCAAAUCGAUUCGUAUUAGCAAAUUUUUAUAAGAAACAAACAAAAUAAUCCGAAAAAAAUCUCCCAUUGUUUUUUUUAUAGAAAUUGUCAUUGAUCAACUAGAAUUUAACGUCCUCAUUAUUAAUAAAAACGAUAAGUAUUUUUUUCGCAAGAUUAUCAGAAGAAAGAAAGAAAUAUCAUAGAAAGAACAUAAAAAUUGCCCGUAAUAUACCACUACAUCGUUGUUAUUAUUAUUAUUAUAAUUAAUAUUAAUAUUAUUAUUAUUAUUAUUAUUAUUAUUAUUAUUAUUAUUAUUAUAUAUGUCGCGUGUAGAAAGUAGCCGAUUUGUUUACCAAAAUGCAUUUAUACUUUCAUUGCUUUAUUUUUGCACAAGACUAUGUCUAUUGUGUUAGUAGUUAAAUGAAUAUAAAAUAAAUGUAAUUGAAAAUAUUAUAAAAAAUAUGUAUACAUGUGAAGUAUACAUGUGUAAUAUAUUGGCCCUUCGAAUUUGGAAAUUUUAAAUAAAAAAGAAAAGAAAAAGAAAAAAUUAAGUAGUCUUGUCUCCAGUAUUAUUACUUGGCGAAAUUGAAGAUAUGUAACGAAGAUAGAAGUAGAACAUAUAUGUUUGAAAUUGCUAGCAAAUAUAUAUAUAUAUAUAUAUCGGCAGAAGCAUGAUAGCCUCGAACGAUCCAAAGAGACUAUUAUAUAAUAAUAAGCUUAUUUUCCGUGAUUCGUACUCGUAAAUUAUGUUUUUAUAUUUCGCGAAAAAUAAGUCAUAAUUAUAUAGCAUAAUCUAAUACAAUGUAUCAGAUUAGAAACAAACAAAACGAACUUUUGUAAUUCAUGCAGCAGAUAUUAAAUCAUCGUAUUAUUGCCUUUGGCAUGCAGAAAAAAAUGUGUUAUAUAUUUAUGCUGUGAAUGCAUUAAAGAGAGAGUGUAUAUAUAUAUACACAUACUUAUAUAUAUAUAUCACUGCCACUAUAGUGUUUAGAAUCGAAAAUAUAAUGAAUUAUCAUGAAUCAGUGUACAAUUUGAUUUCCUAUUUAAAUUUUUUUGAUUAUUUGUAUUGUUAUUAAAUACGUUUGUUAUACCGUAUGUAAUGUUUCAACUUUUCAUUGACUUUUGUUAUCUCCAACUUUCCCAAAUGU